CGCUCCCUCCCUGCGCUCCCGGGCUCCGGCCGCGCGCUGGCGGGGCUCCGCAUUGCACUCUCUGGGGGCGCCGCAGUGUUCGUGGGAUGGGGCAGCUGGCUGCCGCUGGCGCCCGGAAUCCGCGCGCAGCCCGGGUGCAAGUUCUCUCCCAUCGUCUGAAGUCCCCACUCUGGGGCCCUCUGUAUGAGUGACACGUGGCCUGCCAUGGAACCUGGCCCUGCUCUGGCCUGGCUCCUGCUCCUGAGCCUGCUGGCUGAUUGUCUGAAAGCUGCUCAGUCCCGAGACUUCACAGUGAAAGACAUUAUCUACCUCCACCCUUCAACCACACCAUAUCCUGGUGGAUUUAAAUGUUUCACCUGCGAAAAGGCAGCAGACAAUUAUGAAUGCAACCGAUGGGCUCCAGACAUCUACUGUCCUCGAGAGACCAGAUACUGUUACACUCAGCACACGAUGGAAGUCACAGGAAACAGCAUCUCUGUCACCAAACGCUGCGUCCCACUGGAAGAGUGCUUGUCCACUGGCUGCAGAGACUCGGAGCAUGAAGGCCACAAGGUCUGCACCUCCUGCUGUGAAGGAAAUAUCUGUAACUUGCCACUCCCCCGAAAUGAAACUGAUGCCACGUUUGCCACAACAUCACCUAUAAAUCAGACAAAUGGGCACCCGCACUGCAUGUCGGUGAUAGUGUCCUGCCUGUGGGUGUGGUUAGGACUCACAUUAUAGCAGCUCAACAGUACCGUGUUUAGUAGGGAUCCGUGGGAUCUCACUGUCCAUAGUCAUGCAUGAAUCAUUGGCCUGACAAUAGUCACCCAUGUGAGACUGCACCAAUCACAGAUGUCAUCGUGGCCAGGCAUUCCCACUUCCUACGAGAAACAAGCAUUGCUUCAGUAUUGCCAUUUGGCAUCUAACCAAGACCCCCCCAUCAAAGCCAGCUUGCCCCCGGUAUGGACCCUGAAUUCCAUACCACAAACCUUUGUUUUGACUCCAAGAAAUAGUUCUGCGUUUAUUGUAACCUAGAUUAUUGAUUUGGAAUACAUGCAUGAGCCGAAAGAGGACCUGGAACCCUCUGAGAUGUCAGGAAUACGUUAUGUGGACAUGUAUACACAUUUGUUUUUCAGGAGAAAGGCAAUGGACCACUGCUUUAAUUACAAUCAUGAAUCCAGUUAUAGCUUUAGAAUUUUAAAACUUUGAAUCCAAAACGAUUGGACUAUUUCCUUUGAGAUUCUGACUGAGUUCCUGAAAGAGCAGCAAGCAAUUUGCUUAAUUUAAUUUUCCCAGCCUUUUUCUCUCAGUCAUAUUCCCUCAGCUGCAUGGGAGGAUAAAAAGGAAGAUGUAAAAUUUGGUGUAUUUGUAAGGGCGGCUAGAAAAGAAUUUCCCAAACUUAGUGGAACUGAUACCCAUCAAGCCCUUCAUGGAACUGGGGAGACUGGCCUUGACUUUGAGCCUAGUUAUGCUCCAGGAGAUCCUGGAUUCCACUUGGGCCAGUGGUGUCCACAGAGUCCCAAAGCAGGAUGGGGGUCCUUUUCUUUAGGUGUUGGUUUCUAUAUUCUUGCGUAGCUAAUCUAGACAGGGAGGCUUUAGAAUGAAAGGAAGAUGUGUGGGUGUUAGUCGUAAUUCAUUUUGAGGGCCCAGUGACUCAGCCAGCUGCUUUCUCUAUCUACAGUUCUUACUACCAAAGAACCUUCUCCUUCCAAAUUCCCAGAGACUUAGGGAGAAGGUUCUGCAUUAAAUUGUCUCUAUAUUAAUAGUAUAAUAUACUAGAAUGAGAAAAAGAUAGAUUUUGAGAUUAGUAAAGAGACUCCAUGGGAAGUUUUUUUUUUUUUUUUUUUUCUUCUAGAUCUUACUUUUGAGGUAGAGGAUAAAAUUUUUGCCAUCUUUCCUACAUUUUUGGCACCCAAAGUUGUGUUUCUUUGUUCUCCCUUGUAAAUCCUUUAAACAAUAUUUAUUUUUGUAUGGCAUAACUGGAAACUAAAAUAUAUUCUAAAAAAAAAUUCUUUAUUCUGAACAAAAUGAUCAAAUUAGAAUUACUUAUUUUUCAACCAUGGUAGAGCUUGUAAUAUAUGUUUGUUGAAAGUUAUCUAUAAUACUUCCACUGGUAUUGAGAAAAGUUAAUAUGUCAUGAGCAGGAGUAAUGUGUUUGUCUCAAGGUUCUUGCUCAUGGUUUCCUUAGUGGUAUUGUCCCAAAAAUAUGCUGGUAGAGACCAUCACUGGUCUGAACUUUUCUGCAGGGUUAUGGGACAUGUUUGCAUGGAACUUGGAGGAGCCAUGACAGUAUUGUGAGGAUCCAUCUGUCCAGCAUAGGAAACUCUCUGGCUCAUAAAAUGAGACUCCCUCAGGGACCCAAUAUGAACUGACAGCAGUAACCUUGAUACAAAAUAAUCUAAAUUGUAUUACAUAGCCUUAAUUCAGAGUUUGGUAGGCUUAUCAACUUGUUGCUUAUAAUUGGGGCUGGGAUAGUAGAGGGAAAGUAAGCAAGACACUCAUUAAGCAACUCCUGUGUGCCAGGAACUAUACUAAGCACUUUAUGUAAUUUAGGUCAUAUAAUCCCAGCGAAAGCUCAGUGAGAAAUAUUACUGGUAUUUAGACUUUAGAAAUGAAGGUACUGAGGCACAAAAAAAAAAACCCUCAAUAACAUGAAGCCUUUUCUUUAGAUUUAGAUUAUAUGUGAUGAAGCAGGAUUUAAGAGGAAAGGAAAGUGGAAUUAUUCUCCUAGGAAAACUUCCAGGCUUGACUUCAUAGAAAUUUGUCCAUCUUAUCAUGUGGAAUUUAUUUUGUGCAGGAUGCCUUUGCAUGUGUCCCCAGGUGAUUUUUUGUUUUUCCUCUAGAAAGUAAGGGUAUGGCUUCCUCAUUUGUCUCUCUUGCUGAAAGAGGAGAUGGUUGAUCUUGCAUCUAAAGAUGCUUUAACCUGGGUUCUCUCCCCAGUACCACAAAUAAGUGAAUAAAGAAAUAUGCUAUAAGACAAUGAAAAUGUAAUGUUGUACAUAUCUACAUUUUUGUGCAUGGUCACACUCCACUCACAUUUUCCAAGUACUGCAUGUGAUUUGAACAAGAAAUAAGAAAGUGACCACAUCAGAGCUUCCCUGGCUGGUGUAGAGGGAUCCGGUCCACAGUGGUACAGAUUCCUCCACCCCCCGGGGAGUUAUUGCAGACCGCACAGAUGUGCUGCAUGCACCCCCUACACCUGUUAAAAUGGUUUUUGUUUAAUUCUCUUGAAAGAAAGCAGUUUGUUCACCAUCCCCAGCCUCAAGGAACCAAGGAAGGGCCAUUCAUGUUGAAGGUCCAGGACUGGUCAGCCAUCUGACUUUUCUACCACAUUAAAUUUUCCAUUAAAUCCUCACCAUUGGUGAUGGCUUGGAGUGCAAAGAGCCAUGAUGUGUGUAUUAACCUAUGUGCCACAUAUUUAUUUUUAGAUUCUCUUCAUUCAUGUCAAUAUGAGAUUAAUUUCUAGAUGUUGUAAAUAUUGUACAUUUUGUAAAUCAAUGAAUAAAGAUUUUAAGUGUUA